CCGACGCGACGCGCAGGCGCCCUGGCCACUUCCGGGAUCUGUCAGCCGCUCCCUUCCGGCCUCAGUCCGCCGCCCGCGCUGCCGGAGCCCGUUCGCGUCGACUGCCCAGAGUCCGCGAAUCCGCCGCUCCGGACCCCCCUGGACCGCCCCGACCCAGUUUCCCACCCUUUGAAAACACUCAGAGAAAUGUCCCUGCAUCAGUUUUUGCUGGAGCCAAUCACCUGCCAUGCCUGGAACAGGGAUCGUACCCAAAUCGCCCUCAGUCCCAAUAAUCACGAAGUUCACAUCUACAAGAAGAAUGGGAGCCAGUGGGUGAAAGCUCAUGAACUUAAGGAGCACAAUGGACACAUCACAGGAAUUGACUGGGCUCCCAAGAGCGACCGCAUCGUCACUUGCGGGGCAGACCGCAACGCCUAUGUCUGGAGUCAGAAAGAUGGUGUGUGGAAGCCAACCCUGGUCAUCCUGAGAAUUAAUCGCGCUGCCACUUUUGUCAAGUGGUCCCCGCUCGAGAACAAAUUUGCUGUGGGGAGUGGAGCACGACUCAUUUCCGUUUGCUACUUCGAGUCCGAAAAUGACUGGUGGGUCAGCAAGCACAUUAAAAAGCCGAUUCGCUCCACCGUGCUCAGCUUGGACUGGCAUCCCAACAAUGUACUGCUGGCAGCGGGCUCCUGUGACUUCAAGUGCAGAGUGUUUUCUGCCUACAUCAAGGAAGUGGACGAGAAGCCUGCCAGCACACCCUGGGGUAGCAAGAUGCCUUUCGGCCAGCUGAUGUCUGAGUUUGGUGGCAGUGGAGCUGGUGGCUGGGUGCACGGCGUCAGCUUCUCCGCCAGUGGCAGCCGCCUGGCCUGGGUCAGCCACGACAGCACCGUGUCUGUGGCCGAUGCCUCCAAAAGCGUGCAUCAUCCUGUAUCCAGGGUCUCCACUCUGAAGACAGAGUUCCUGCCCCUCCUGAGCGUCUCAUUUGUCUCAGAGAACAGUGUGGUGGCUGCCGGCCACGACUGCUGCCCGAUGCUCUUUAACUAUGACGACCGUGGCUGCCUGACCUUCGUCUCCAAGCUCGACAUUCCGAAACAGAGCAUCCAGCGCAACAUGUCAGCCAUGGAACGCUUCCGCAACAUGGACAAAAGAGCCACAACCGAGGACCGCAACACAGCCCUGGAGACACUGCACCAGAACAGCAUCACUCAGGUGUCUAUCUACGAGGUGGACAAGCAAGACUGUCGCAAAUUUUGCACUACUGGCAUUGACGGAGCCAUGACAAUUUGGGACUUCAAGACCUUGGAGUCUUCCAUCCAGGGCCUCCGGAUAAUGUGAAGCUGAACGAGCCUCCUGGGACAGCAGGACAGACUGACGGGCUCCCACAGAUGGCACCCCGCCACCUGCAUGUCGGUGAGGAGAGCCAGCUGCCAGAAACACUGCAGACUCGGCAUGCCGACACCAUGCUCUUGUCUGCAGAUCAUGGGUGAAAGUGUUGGUUUUUGUUUUGUUUUCUUCUUUCAAACAGCAGUGAUCUGCAGUUUUUCGUUUUUGUUUCUGCUAUUUCAUUCCAUUCUUCUUGACCAAAGCGUCUCUUUAAGUAGUUGAUUAUGAAAAAGUGUCACACUAACUUAAAGGAAAGGGUGGGGAAGUGUGUAAGUUGUCUGCUAAAAAAUUAAAAAGGCUGAAUGUG